CACAUCUUUACCCACAAUGCACGGCGACUCCCAAAUGACACUCUGCUGACGAGUCCAGUCUGGACCACAUGCACAUCUGGACCUCAUCAGGGAACUAUACACGAGUCCCAACAAGUCCUGCUCCAGGAAGGUGCUGCUCCCCCUCUGCUGUCAGAAGAAGAACCGGUGUCAGGACCCAUAGAGAAAGAAAAUGAAGUUCUUCUGGGCCCUGGUCUUGGUCUCGCUGCUGGCGUCCGUCUAUAGCCUGGCGUCAUCGUCUCCUCGUCCCAAUGACGAAUGUGCCGGCAUGUCCAUGCGUCUUCGGGCCUUCCGGCUGAAGGUGUCUUGCAACAUGACGACUCUGAGAGACAAGCAGCUGAAGGAGAUCCAGGCGCCAACCACCAUCUUGUACCUGCCAAUCCUGUACUCGCUAGCCUUGGUGAUCGGCCUUCCGUCCAACCUGUUGGCUCUCUGGAUCCUCAUCUUCAGAACCAAGCGGCUUCCUUCCACCACGCUGCUAAUCAACCUGACGACCGUAGACUGCCUACUGCUGCUCGUCCUGCCCUUCCGGAUCAUCUACCACUUCAGGGGGAACCACUGGGAGCUGGGCGAGCCGUUCUGCCGGGUCGUCGUGGCGAUGUUUUACGGGAACAUGUACGGGUCGGUGCUGUGUCUGGCGCUGGUGGCUCUGGAUCGCUACAUCGCUUUGGUUCACCCGUUUGGCGCCAAGAGUCUACGCAGUGCGCGGACGUCGGCAUACAUGACGGCGGGCGUGUGGGCGGCGGUGCUGGCGGCUAUGUUGCCGCUGCUGACGACGCAGCAGACGUACGCGCUGGACUGGCCGCGGAUCACCACCUGCCACGACGCGCUGCCCCAGGAGGAGCAGGAAAAUUUCUUCCUGCCGUACUUCGCCACCUUGUUCACACUCUGCUUCCUGCUGCCCUUCCUGGUCAUCCUCUUCUGCCAUUGCGGCGUCCUGCGCGCCCUGUUGGCCGAACGCCAGCGCUACGCCCACGCCAUAUGGGUGAUGCUGCUGGUGCUGCUGGUCUUUGUGGUCUGUCUGUUGCCGAGCAAUGUCCUGCUCCUGCUCACCUACGCCGACAGCUCUCUGGACGCGGAGGGCGAGGACGUCUAUGUACCUUACAUGCUCAGCCUAGCCAUUAGCACCUUCAGCAGCUGCGCUGACCCCUUUAUCUUCUACUACGUGUCGGCCGACUUCAGGGACCGGGCAAAGAGCGCGCUCUGUUGCCAUGGCAACUCUCAGCCGCCAUCCAACCUGCAGAACAAAGCGUCAUGCUCCUCGUCGUCCUCGAGAUCAAAAGUCACCCAGCUGUCCCUCUCCAGCCUGCACUCGGCGCCUGGGAGACGUCCUCUUGGGAUGACAAACGCGGUUUAGGGAUCCCUCGUGCCCAGCACCGCACACGAUGACACCCCGCAGGGGUGCGUUCUCUUGCUGAAGUCCGGCAGAAAGCCGACCGGAACACAAUCAAGACUGUCUGAGAUGACGGACGGGGGAAAAAAUCUAAGACCUGAAGGAGGCCUCAGGGGCUGCUGGCCCGGUUCUACACGCUCUACACGGUCUGGCUUGGUUCGGUGUAGGACACAAGUACAAGGACUUAGAAUGAAGAUUUAUACUCGGCCUGGACAGAACGUCCACCAUGUUUUCUUGACCAUACAGAACCAGAACCAGCAGAACACAUGGAGAACAUAUGAAUUAUUGAGAAUACACAAUGUUGACAGAUGUGUACUUUGGUUUAAAGAACUCUGUUACUAACCGUCUAGUGCAGGCUGUACUUUGUAAAAAAAUAAAUAAACAUACUUACCUGUU